AUUAUCGAAAUCGGUUCUUGUUCCCAGCUCUACCGCACUCGUGCGAACUUAUUUUAAUAAUAAAUUGAAUUUAUUAAUUAAAACCGAGCGAUACCGUAAUGGCAUCCAUCCUGAGGACGGGUAAACUGCUGCGUUAUUUCGCUGGCUUCACAAGAAACGUAGUUGUGAGCUCGGUGCGCGAAAACGAGUCGAGUAAUCUGCUAAACAAUGCGCCCUGCAUGUGCGGGCAGUUCCAGAAUGGAUUUGCCACAAAUGCCGCAGCCAAGGCCGAGCUGAGUCUGGAAAAACAGAUUCGCCGGUUGGACCAGGAUGUUCGCCGGAUCGGUCGCAUUUCUCGACGGGAUCUGGAGGAGGUGCUCGAUGAGAUCCGCACCCACAGGACGGCCACCAGUUCGCAAUCUUUGCUUGUCAUUCGCUGCUGCGGUAACUUGGUACCUGAGGAGUUGCCGGAAGUCAGAACGGCGUUGGUGCAGGAGAUCUGGAAGACCCUGAAUGCCCUGAAUGUACCGAUGGACAUCUCCCAUUACAAUGCCCUCCUUCGAGUUUAUUUGGAGAAUGAGCAUGGAUUCGCACCCACUGAUUUUCUAGCGGAGAUCGAGGCAAAAGGUAUUGAGCCCAAUAGGGUGACCUAUCAGCGACUGAUUGCUCGUUACUGCCAGCAGGGAGACAUCGAAGGAGCCACCAGGAUUCUAGAAUUUAUGCGGGCAAAGAGCCUUCCUGUCAAUGAAAAUGUCUUUAAUUCUCUGAUCCUGGGACAUUCACAGGCCAACGACUUGGAGUCCGCCAAGGGGAUCCUGGGAGUGAUGAAGCAGGCAGGAUUGGAGCCCAGUGCGGACACCUACACGACUCUUAUAUGUGCCUUUGCCCGACACGGAGAUCUGACUGCCCUGAAGGAAACCCUUGCCGAAUGCGAGCAGAAGGAGAUAAUUUUGCUAGACAAAGAUCUUCUGGAUGUCGUGUACACUCUCACCGUCAAUGGCAACGGAGAGCAAGUGGAUGAGAUACUGCCCAAGUUACGCCUCUCGCCCGGUUUCAACCAGGAUGCAGUGAAUGUGAUCCUCCGCCUGGUAAACAAGGGACACGAGGAUGUGGGUUUGAAGCUCCUCCGAGUGAUGCCAAGAAGCAGUCGUGUAAAUGGCGAACCCGUAGAUGUGGGAGCCUUCUUUAUCAGGCAAAUGGUUAAGGCUAACCGACCAGUGGAAAAGAUCCUAUCCAUCUGCAAGGCCCUGCAGUCAGAGGGUCUUAAUCCCAAAGCUUUGACAAUCGCUACCGAAGCCGGAUUGACAAAUGGUGUGGUUAACAAUGCCCUUCCACUGCUGCAAGAGAUGAAGAAUGCUGGUUUGCCCAUUAGACAGCAUUAUUUCUGGCCUUUGAUCUGUUCCGUAGAAUCCAAUCAGGUUCUGGAAAUCGUACGUCGAAUGCAACAGGAGUUUGCAGUUUUUCCCAACUCCGAAACAGUCAGGGAUUAUGUGAUUCCAAACUUGAAGGAGAAGAACUGGGAGCGAAUUGUCACCGCCUUGAGGGAUGCUGGAGUUCCUAGCUCCACUGCUGUUACCUCUGCGGUUUACUCUGCCUUGGUUACCCACCAAAUUGCGGAUGCUGCCAAAAUUAUGGAGCAAAAUAGGGCUUACUAUGUGCCCGUCUUGUUUAGGCAACCACUGAUCCUGGCACUCAGUCAUACGAAUGAUUAUGCAUCCUUCAUCCGCUGUGUCCGACAAAUACACGAAGGCUUGCAAUUAAGACAACCCAAGGAGGAGGAAGGCGAGCAAGUUGAAGGCGGAGCUGCUGCUCCCGUGGAACGCAAUACUCCCGAUGUUGUUGGAGGAAUUCUUCAGGAGGCAACCACUUAUUUCCGACGAGAUCGCGCUGCCACUCUGGAGAAAAUUCUAAAGGGAUUGGUUAAACAGGGAUUAUCCAUCAGCAGUGCCAAAGCAACUCAGUUGUCCGAUCAAUUGGGGUCCGAAUUGACUCCUAAGAUCUCGGAACUCCUUGGUAAAUUGAGCUCGGGUGAACUAGAACCUGUUCCUCUGCCAAACAGCGGAAAAAGGAGCUUGGACACCCUGUCUAUUGAUGAACUCGAGCGAUUCAUUGUCAAUGUGGAGGCAAAGGGAGAGAAUGCCAAUAACAUCAAGAGGCAACUUUUGAACGCCUGUUUCCGUUCACAAAAUCUGGAAAAAACCCUUCAAGUUAUUGAGAAACUGGAUACCGAUAAAUAUCAGAUCCCCAUUGGCAUCUAUGCGCAGCUUAUCGACCUGUAUACACAUCACAAGAAGAGUUCCGAGGCCUUGGAAACCUUUGAUAAACUGAAAGCGAAGGAUCCAACCUUCCAGUUAGAUAACCUAAAGGCUGUUCGUCUGGCUGAUCUUCUCCUGCAAGAGGAACGUGUUGAUGCUGCUUUCAAAGUGUUGGAAGACAACAAGAAGGAUUCUCCAAUAGCUGAAGCUGAGGGAAGCUUUAACUACGUGAGCACCGUGUGGAGAGUUUUUAACUCAAUCGCCGAAGCUGGUCAGCCAGAAAAACUGAAAAAAUUGUUUGAUGCCCUGGUGGCGGCCAAUUAUAUUGUGCCCACUAAUGUGCUUCUGGGUCCACUGAUCAAGGUUCACCUGGUCAAGGAUGAUAUUCCGAAGGCCAUCGAAGCCUUUGAGGAGAUUUGCCAGAAGUAUAAAUCAACUCCUUGGAAAAAUGAGCUAGCCUGUCGCUUGAUCCAAAAGGAAGAUGCCGCGAAUCUGCAGAAGCUGACAGAUUUGAGCACUGGAAUUCAUGGUGAGGUCAAUAGCUUAUACGAUCUUGUCUUCUCUUUCGUCGAGUGCGGACGUGUGAGACAAGCCAGGAAGAUUUUAGAAACUCCCGGAUUGCGUACUCGUCCUCAGAGAAUCAGCAGUGCCUGUGAUCGUUAUAAAAAUGAGGGAUUGCUUCAGCCCCUAGAAGGUCUCAUUGAAGCCACAAAGGAUUUAGGACACAUCGAUAGAAAUAAGAUUUACUACACACUCCUGCUAAGCUACGACAAGGCAGAUGAAGCUGAGAAAGCUCUUGGAUUGUGGACCAAAAUGCAGGAGGAAUCCGUAACACCCAACGAUGCUUUCCUUUUGAAAUUGGCCGACAUGCUGAAAAGGAAAAACAUUGAUGUGCCGUUUGUGGUGCCAGAAACGCAAAAGGAAGUCAGAACCAAGAAAAACAAAACGAAAGAACAAACGAAAACCGAAGUUAGCACAGAAACAGCUAAAAUCCCAGAUCAACCCAAAGAGAAGUCUCCAAAGAAGGACCAAUCAAAAACUGCCCCGCCACCAAAACCAGUUUCCCAUUUGUCUGGUUUCCGCAAAGCCAUCCUGGCCAAUGAUCCAGAUGCAGCCAUUUCCCACAAACAAAGUUUCCUAAGUGGAGAGAAAGUUGGUGCCUUAGACGUUUCCCGACUGAUUGAGCUUUUGGUUCGAGCUGAUCGUUUAUCUGAGGCCACAAAAUACGUUGAGGAACUGCUGGCUGAUAAACUGCACCCGCAGCCCAAGAUCUUUAAGUUUUACCUGAACAAAAUCGCUGCUGCUGGAGAUUUGGAAACGCUGGAAAAGAUUGGCAAACAGUUGAAUGAUGAGCAAAAACGUCUAGUUUCGUUUGACAAUCGGUUCUGUCAUGCUAAUAUAGUGGCUGGAAAGGCAGACCAGUUCCUGAACCACCUAACAACGGAAAUUGAUGCAGCAAAAUCCUCUGAAGAGGCUACCAAGCUGGCCGAGAAGUUCCCACGCGGAGGAGCGGUGGGCAUUUUGGAAAAGCAUCCGGAAUUGGUGCCGCAAUACCAAGUCCUGGCUGAGAAGUUUGCCUUCCACAAUCAACUGGGACCCAUGAAUGUCCUAUGGAUGCAUCUCAUUUCCAGCGGGGAGGAGUCUGCCUCCAAGCAGAUUUGGGAUAAGCACCUGUCCAAUGCACCAAGGCUGAUGUUCCAGCGAGUUUUGCAGACGGCCCGGGAGCAACAGGAUGAGAAACUUGUCUCCACUGUUAUUUCUCAGCUAAAAAACAGCAAAAUCUCGGAAGGAGCGAUCGGAAAUGCAUACUCCUGUUUGAUCGAUAUUCAAACGACUAAGGGUAACUCCGAAAAGGCCAUGGAUGUGCUGGCCAAUGCCAUUAAGGAUGUCUCUCUGGAGAAUAUCAAUAGGACUGCUCUGCUCCGUUUAAAACAGGCGGUGGAGGAGAAAUCCCAGACGUUCCCCUACACGAUUCCUGAGAAGCGCACGAAAGCCGAUGACUCCAGCUCUUCUUCAUCCUCGUCCUCCAGCGACGAUGAUGUGUCGCCGUCGAUACCCGAAACCGUUCCACCCAAACCGGACAGCAAGGCUUAGUGACUUUCAAAAUAAGUCCCUCCUCUAGUUUAACCCGUCGUGAUUAAAGCUUAUUUUUAAAGUAUUUACUAUGGAUAAACAAUUUGUAAACUAAAAUAAAUAUAGUUGUUUUGUUGCGAAAA